AUGCUUCAAUUUGGUAAAAAGCCAAAGAUGCAGGUCGACACUGAUCCUUUGAAGGUGGAUGAGGCUUUAUAUUCAAAGCCUCUGGAUUGUAUGAUGGUCGAAGCUACUGAGGGUCUCGACAAAGAAGUCAUAAUUAUUGGUGACAUAAAAGGUAUGAUGGUUGGAACUAAUUCGAAACUUGUCAUAGCUGCUAGGUGUGUCGAAAGAACGCAACCAGUGGAGGUUGUAAAACUUGGUGAAGCUGCAGUUCAAAAAGAAUUUUACCCAAGGUCAAGGUUGACUGAAAAGGAAAGGAUCACAGCAAACCAAAUUCUAGCUAUGAAGGUAUCUCCUUUAGAGGAAGAAGAUCCUGAUUACGAAUCUUUGCCAGAAGAUGAUAUGGUGGAUGACGAUUAUGGUGAAGACUUCAUCAUUGAUUGUGCAAUUAUGUCGAUCCUGCCUGCAAAAUAUGACAGAGUGUCAGAGGAAGAUCACUUACCUACCGGAGAACUCUGGUGGCUCUUCGAUGGUGAUGAAUACGCAAGAAAUCUGGAAAGCCUUGACAUUGAAUCCAGUGUUGAUAAUGAUAAAGAAGGUGUGGUUGUUGAUGAAGCCUCAGGAAGAACCCAUGAUGGUAGACAGGAGGUACAACAGGGUAGCAGAUUUGUGGUGCAUAAGUGUAGUGUUUUGGAGUUAGUCAAAUUGGACAAUAAGGCGUAA